AGUUGUGAGUGAUUUUUAAAUCUCCAUUUUUCUCUAAAUCUGUAUUUCUAUAACAAACUUAACUGACACGGUAUCAGAUUUUGUUUUUCACAAUUUAAUUAAACUGUUCUCGUCUGAAGUUUAGCUUUUUUUUCCCUCUCUCAUGACUUGGUGGCUUUUCUCUGUGCUGUGACGACUCCCACCGUGCGAUUGUUCGUUCCUGAUGGGUACAAGACCCAGCUGACGACUCUUAAACCUUUGCACUGUUUGCCCAUCUUUGUAAACAUUCACAAGUAAAACACUCGUGAUUCCACGAUGGAGCUCUUCUCCAGGAAUGUGGCCGCGCUCUGGAUUAUCCUGCUGGAGUUCCUGCUCAGAUCAGUGGCUGAAGAAGAGGUCCUGAUGAAUACAAAGACGGAGACAUCAGAUCUGAAGUGGACGACAUACUCUCGCUCUAAACCUGAGUGGGAGGAGAUCAGCGGUCUAGAUGAAGAGAACAACAGCGUGAGGACCUAUCAGAUCUGCCAGGCCGACGGCUCGUCCAGUCACUGGCUGCGCAGUAAGCUCAUCGAGCGGCGAGGGGCGUCGCAGGUGUACGUGGAGCUGCUCUUCACCAUGAUCGAAUGCUCAUCGCGGAGCACGCACCACCGAUCCUGCAAAGAGACCUUCAACCUUUACUACUACCAGAGCGACACGGAUGACGCGACAGCAACCCACCCAGCGUGGAUGGAGAACCCCUAUACCAAGGUGGACACGGUGGCCGCAGACUUCCUGCUGCGUAAAGGUGGAGAGAAGAAGUUUAAUGUCAAAACGCUGCGUUUGGGCCCUUUGACCAAACGGGGAUUCUACUUGGCGUUCCAGGCCCAGGGCGCAUGCAUGGCCCUUCUAUCCGUGCGCGUCUUCUUUAAGAAGUGUCCGGCUCUCACGCGCUCACUAUCCGUCUUCCUGGAGACAGUUCCACGCUCGCUGGUCCAGGAGGCAGUGGGCCAGUGUGUGGCCAACGCAGCGCAGCCUGGACCCAAUCCCAGACCGCCCAAGAUGUUCUGUGGAGAAGAUGGACAGUGGGUGGACCAGCCCACCACCACCUGCACUUGCCUGCCGGGCUUCGAGGCCAGCCAUGGAGAGCUGGAGUGUAGAGCGUGUCCUGUGGGUCAUUUUAAGAUGGGAUCUGGUCCUGGCCCGUGUUCUUUGUGUCCUGACUCCAGUCACACAGGAGAGAUGGGAUCUGCCUCCUGUGCGUGUCGCCCUGGUUUUUACCGUGCCCCUACCGACAGUCCAGAUACACCCUGCACACGUCCGCCCUCGUCCCCGCGCAGCCCUGUUCCCCAGGUCAAUGACACCUCUCUCACGCUGGAAUGGAGCGAACCGUUAGACAGCGGGGGCCGUUCGGACCUCACCUACAGCGUGGAGUGUCGAAUGUGCUCGGCCCCCAGGGGCCCCUGCAUGCCAUGUGUGGACGGUGUGAAUUACCGCCCGUCCCAAACUGGGAUCCAGGGCCGGCGUGUGAGCAUUUGGGGUCUCCGACCUCACACCACCUACAGCUUUACCGUGAUGGCCCUCAACGGGGUCUCUCCUCUGAGCCUGCAGGGGCCCGCGGGGGAGACCAUCAACAUCACCACCAGCCCCAACGUUCCUGUAUUGGUGUCGGGUUUGAGGAAGGUCACAGCCACAGAAUCCAGCCUGACGCUGCACUGGAACACACCGACCCAAUCACACUACAGGAUCCUACAGUACCAGCUACGCUACUGUGAGAAGGAGCGCGGUUCUGAGGAAAACUCCUGUCAUUUUAUGGAGAGUAAUAUCAACGAGGUCGUAUUGAGCGACUUGCGCAGGGCGACACAGUACGAGGUUCAGGUCCGCGCUCGCACCUUGGGCGGCUAUGGCAGCUUCGGUCAAGCUGUCGUCUUUCGGACCCUUCCUGACGAAGAUGAUUCCUCGUCUCCACUGCUUGUUACUGGGAUCCUUAUAGCCAUGGGCAUGCUGCUCCUCAUCAUCGUCAUUGCUGCUGCAAUCUACUGUAUAAGGAAGCAAAGUCAUUUCAAAGAUCCAGAAAUGAGUGACAAAAAUGGCCAAUAUCUCAUGGGUCAAGGAGUGAAAGUUUACAUUGAUCCAUUCACUUAUGAAGACCCUAAUGAGGCCGUGAGAGAGUUUGCUAAGGAGAUUGAUGUCUCGUGUGUCAAAAUCGAGGAGGUUAUUGGGGCAGGCGAGUUUGGAGAAGUCUGUCGUGGACGACUGAGGAUUCCGGGUAAGAAGGAGAACUAUGUUGCCAUUAAGACUCUUAAGGGUGGAUACACAGACAAGCAAAGGCGGGACUUCCUGUCUGAGGCCUCAAUCAUGGGCCAGUUCCAGCAUCCCAACAUUAUCCACCUGGAAGGCAUAAUAACAGCCAGCUGCCCGGUCAUGAUCCUCACUGAGUUCAUGGAGAAUGGAGCUCUGGACUCCUUCCUGAGACUCAAUGACGGUCAGUUUACUCCAAUACAGUUAGUCGGCAUGCUGCGUGGCAUCGCGUCGGGAAUGAAAUAUCUCUCUGAAAUGAGCUACGUACAUCGUGAUCUUGCUGCUCGGAAUAUUCUCGUCAACAGUAACCUGGUCUGCAAGGUGUCUGACUUCGGUCUGUCGAGAUUCCUGCAAGAGAAUUCAUCUGAUCCUACGUACACCAGCUCACUGGGUGGUAAAAUUCCAAUCCGUUGGACGGCACCCGAGGCCAUUGCAUUCCGUAAAUUUACCUCUGCAUCAGAUGUAUGGAGUUACGGAAUUGUCAUGUGGGAAGUGAUGUCGUUCGGAGAGCGGCCAUACUGGGACAUGAGCAAUCAAGAUGUGAUUAAUGCCAUUGAGCAGGAUUACCGGCUGCCUCCUCCUCCUGACUGUCCCACUCACCUGCACCAGCUGAUGUUGGACUGCUGGCAGAAGGAGCGGACGGCACGGCCACGCUUUUCCAACAUCGUCUCAGCACUCGACAAGCUGAUUCGCAAUCCUGCCUCGCUUAAAAUCACCGCCCAAGAGGGGGCAGGACCCUCUCACCCUCUGUUAGACCAGCGUUCCCCUCUGACGCCCACAUCCUGUGGGACAGUGGGAGACUGGCUCAGGGCCAUUAAGAUGGAGCGUUACGAGGAGAGCUUUCUACAGGCUGGGUACACGUCCAUGCAGCUGCUCGCCCACAUCACCACAGAGGAUCUGCUGCGUUUGGGAAUAACUCUGGCUGGUCAUCAGAAGAAGAUUCUGUCCAGCAUUGAGGCUCUUGGGAUUCAAAACAAAACUCCAGGGAAUGUGCUCUACUGAGUGAACCAUCCACACACA